GUCAAAAAUGUAUUUUUAUAUAGGUAUUUUACUAUUAUGUUUUUUUUGUAAAUAGGCGGUGUAUUUUCAAGAUUAAGCACAUAAAUUAAUAAAUAUUUGGUUAAGUCAGACUGUAGUCAUUGUUAAUUGGUUUCUAGUGGUCUAUUAAGUCGUUUAAUUGCCUAGAAAACAUUUUUAGCAUGGCAUCUCUGGAUUAUAAUAAAUUGACGAUUGAGGAGAAGCCCCUUCACGUGCCGCCGUUGGAAGAAAUAGCUGAAGUGCUGUUGCGCGGAUUACCCUCCACGUUUGAGAGUGUGGAGGCGUCGGUGGUGGAGUGCCCUGACCUCACGCAGCCGGAAUAUGACCUCACCUCGCCAGGUUUGUGCGGAGACCCCAAGUUGGUGGAGAUCGGCGGGCCACCGUACCUAUUGCCGCUGGUGCAGCGCGACAAGCUGUACGAGCUGCGGGCCCUGUUGCAGCACCAGCGCCGGGACCCCGCGCUGCUGGCCGGCGCCGGCGCCGGGCCCUGGCCUUACACUGGCGUCAAUUGUGAGGGUAUAGUGAACUUGAGCGUUCGCAACGGCUCAGUGGAUCAGGGCACCCGCGUGGUGACGGUGGAGCCCCGCGGGGCGGCUCGCGGUAACACCAAGUACCUGCAGCAGAGACUGCCGUCCAGCGAGACCCGGACUGCUCUACUCGGCAACUACCUCCUCAGCAGUGGACUGCCUGGAAAGGUAAUCAAAGUCGUGGCCAAGAAACGAAUAGGCGAAUCUAACUUUAUCACAGCCAUCAGAGAAACUUUGAAGACGCACUAUGGCGAUAAAGUUGUGGGUUUGGGCGGCACUUUCAUUCUGCGCUCGGGGCGGGUCAAGUUCCACGUGAUGCCAGAGUUCUCCAGCACGGCGCUUUGCAGCGACGACGAUGUGGACCAAUGGCUGCACUACUUCGAGAUGCAGGCGCCAAUCACACAUCUAGGCACGCUCGUCACGGGGGACCAUGGUUUGGAUCUGCGCGUGCAGCAUUUCCACGGGUUCAGCGCGCACGGCGACGGCGGCCACUAUCACUACGACACCACCCCCGGCACCGUCCACUACGAGGGGUACUUCGUGCCUGCAAACUCCCUCAUACGGAUCGACCGGCCUGCGCAAACGCACGCCAUUGGUCGAGACUAGAUGCCAACAAAUAGCCAACCGAAAUACUCACCUAUACGUAGUAAAUAAAUAUCGAACAAUGUACAUUCAAUCAUCAAAAGGUUUACGAAGAAAAGGCGAUGAAUACUGGAUAUUCAAUAUGAAGUUUUUAAAACCUAUGUACUUACUCUAAAGAAAAUAUAACUAGAAAACAUUCCACGCGGACCAGGCAGCAGACUGGUCUCGAACCCGCACCCUUCGCAAUCCGGGCGAACGCACUGACCAAUUAUGACGGACCGCGUCGAAAUUCUUCUAGCCAUUCUUAAGCUGCAAG